AUGCCAUUUCGCUCCGAGUUUGAAACUGCCGGCCUCGCUGUAACCUCCCAAGACCAAGGUAAUCGCAUUGAUAGCUACAUCACGAAGGCUGUUCAGGCGAGAGCACCUACAAAGGCAGGGCCGUCUACCAAGCCCAGCCAUCGCAGGCCUACUGCAGGAAAGCCUUCACAGGUAGACGGUUUUGUCGACACGGAGCCCAGUGAUAGCCCCAAUACUGAAAUUUCCUUUGCGCCGGCCAAUGGCAUGGACGAAUGGCGCUACGCAAUGAUUGACGAAGUACCGAAAAAAAAGAAGAAGGCAAAAGCCGCCUCAGGCAAAAAGCCCAAGAAACAUUGUCUCUCUUGCUUUGAUCACAGUCCCUCCACGGCAACGGAAGCUGGCUGGAAUCAGCCUCAGAAGCUACCAACCGCCCCAAUGCCCAAGUUCCGUGGCGGCAUCGGUCCUCCACCACCAGUUCCACCGCCGCCGCGGCCACCUCAACGACCGCCUCGGCCAGCAGUUGGGUUGUUUGAGGCCGAUCCUGGAACGGGGCCACAUGCGGCGCCGGAAAAUUUGACUUCUAAGAGCCAUGCUCUCAGUCCCAGAAUGUUGCCCUCGUACCCCCGUCGCAAGGAUAAAGGAAAGUCCCCACACGUACCCAGGCGAGGUUCACCGCAUCCGCGUAUCCUGCCUACAAAAUCGGAAGGUUCUCCAAUCAAACCCAGAAGAUCCAGUCCCAAGAAGCGCAUACCGCAGGAAACUACGUCCAAGCAAUACGAUAGGCGUUUACGGCAGGCGACCCCUUUAGACCUCAAGGCAGCUGUUGAAGAAGCGAGGAAUCGCCCGAAAACCGACAGCAAGCAACAGAGGCGUGCCGUCGCGAGCGAACGCGAGACCAAACAUUCCUCGACGGAAAUCACCGAUCGUGAUGUACUUCGAGGUCUCCAUAUCGCAGCAUCGGCGGCCUGCGACGAGGAAGUUGAUGCAUUUGUGCGAAACCAGACCGGCCUUCGGAUUCGCCGGUUCUUGGCGGAUCUCAUGACACUGGAGUCGCUGGCGGUCAAUCCUCCAGUGGACAAGAAGCAAUGGGCUCGUCAGCGACGGGCAGACAUGCGGAAACUGAAGCAGCAGAUGCGGCGUUCUCGCGAGAUCAAUAGCGUAGAGCAGGCGAACCAUUUAUGA